AGUGAGAUCUACUCUCUCCCUCUCUCUUUUUCAUGUAACUAUACUUUAUUUAUUCCACCAGAUCUACUUCAAACAAAACCCAGCUAUUAUAUAAAAAUUUCUAUGCCCUCCCCACCUAGCCUUCUUUGAUGAAUAUCACAAGACCCCAUCAUCAACUCCAUCUCCCUCUCUCUAUCCCAUGCAUGAAACCAAUCAAUUAAGUAUCUUUGCUUCUGCAAAAGGAAACUGAAACAACCCACAAUUUCAUUUUCUUUUUCUUUCCAUUUUCAACUUCUUUCUCAAGUGUUUUUCCAUGAUGUCUCCUGAUAAUCCUCCUGUAAAACCAGCUACCAAGGAAGAAAACCAAAGCGGUAGCAACCGAAAAGCAGCUUCAACGAGGCCACAAGAGCAAGCCCUAAAGUGUCCGAGAUGUGACUCUCCCAACACGAAAUUCUGUUACUACAACAACUACAGCCUCACUCAACCAAGGCAUUUUUGCAAGACUUGCAGGAGGUACUGGACUAAAGGUGGGGCUUUGCGUAACGUGCCAAUCGGUGGAGGUUGCCGCAAGAACAAGAAGAUAAAAUCAUCUUCCAGGCUGUCAGGUGACUCAAAAGACUCCACCUCGUCUUCAGAGAUGGGUGGAUUGAAGUUUUUUCAUGGCCUUUCUCCAGCCAUGGAUUUUCAGCUUGGCGGGUUGUCAUUUCCUAGGCUCAAUCCAUCUCCAGCUGGCAUUUAUAACCAGUUUGCUUCAUUUGCAGAUAGUACUAGCCCUUCUUUCAGUCUUGAUCCCUCUGGUAGCUCUAAUUCUUUGAUGGGGCUUAGUAAUUAUCCAUUAUCUUCGGUUACAAGUGGACUUAGCGGUGCAAUUCAGGAGAUGGGUUCGUUGAAUGUUAAUAGUAGCCUUACUUCUUCAAUUGAGUCUUUAAGUUCCAUAAACCAAGAUUUGCACUGGAAGUUGCAGCAGCAAAGAUUGGCUAUGCUUUUUGGCGGAGAGAAUCAAAAGGAAAACAGCACUGUUUCUUCGGUUCCACUUGACAACCAAGCACAAAAGCCACAACCCAUUUUGUUUCAGAACCUGGAAGUUUCAAAACCUGAAAUUUCAGCUGUUGGGAAUCCAAGAAAAGGCACAAGCAAUGAAACCGCCACGGAAUGGUUCUUCGGGAGUUCUUAUGCACCAGUCACUCCGACUCCAACCACUAGCAGCAAUGGCAAUGAUAAUACAAGCAACUGGAAUGGGGUUCAAGCAUGGAACGAUUUGCAUCAGUACAGCACUUUGCCCUAAAAAGAGAAGGAUCAAAAAAGGUAGACCUUAAAAGGAAGAUGGAAAAAGAAAAAAGGAAAAAUAGGGAAAGUAUAACAUAUUUUCUAAGAACCCAUUUAGGUAAUUGUUUGUUUAAAAUGUUUUAUUGGGUUCAGAUAUCAACAUGUAAACCUUGAAGGGCAAAACAAAAAAAGAUAGUGUUUUUUUUCCUUUUUGUUUCUAUUUUUUAUUUUAGUAAGAUGUUGAACAUUAAUUAGUCACUUUAUAAUUAUGUUCUUUUUAUUUCUACAAA